CACCAACAAAUAGAUAAAUAAUGUUUGUUUCAAAGUUCACCCUCUUCGUCGAAAUUGGCAGAGUUGUCAUCAUCAACUAUGGUCAACACAUCAACAAAACAGCCAUCAUCCUUGAUGUCUUAGAUCAAAACAGAGCUUUAGUUGCUGGUCCACACAAUGGUGUCGAACGUCACAUCAUCAACUUAAAAUGGAUCAACUUAACUCCAUUAAAAGUUAACAUCCAAAGAGGUGCCAGAAUUAACACUUUAAAUGCCGCCAUCAAAGCUGCUGAUCUCCAAAACAAAGUUGCUGCCCUCACUGUUGUCAAAAAAACUGUUGCCAAAGCCACCAAACUCAACCAAACUGACUUUGAACGUUUCAAAUCUGCCCUCGCCAGACGUCAACUCAACAGAAAAGUUUCAGGUGAAGUUAAGAAAUUAGUCAACAUUGCCAACAGAGCCGCCCACAAAAAAGCUGUUGCCCAAAAAGCUGCCGACCAAAUUAUUAUUAUCAUGCCAUUAAUUAAUGAUAUGAAGAAUUUAAAUGUUGUUGAUGAGGAAUUUAUAGUUAAACCAAGCAUUGACGAUAUACCUUAUGAAGAGGAUGUAUCAAAAAAUCCAUUAUCAGUAAAUAGUUGGUUAAGAUAUUUAGAAUCAAAACAAGCAUCACCACAAAAAGAAAGAAAUUAUAUUUAUGAAAGAGCAAUUAGAGAAUUACCUAGAAGUUACAAGAUAUGGCAUCAAUAUUUACGUGAAAGAACUUUGGCUGUUAGAGGAAAAUGUAUUUUAGAUAGCUCAUAUGAAUCCGUAAAUAAUUUAUAUGAAAGAUCAUUAGUAUUUUUAGAUAAGAUGCCAAGAAUUUGGUUAGAAUAUUGCGAAUUUUUAAUUGGUCAAGAAAAAAUUACAAAAACUAGAAAAACAUUUGACAGAGCAUUAAUAGCAUUACCAAUUACCCAACAUUAUAGAAUUUGGAAUUUAUACACUAAAUUUAUAUCAAAAAAAACAGUACCACCAUUAACAUGUAUUAGAGUUUAUAAACGUUAUUUAAAGGUCCAACCAGAAAAAGUUGAAGAGUAUAUAGAUUAUUUAAUAAAGAUUUCAGAAUGGCAAGAGGUUGUAAAUCAAUUAAUCAAGGUAUUGGAUGAUCACAAAUUUAAAUCAAUUAAAGGUAAAACCAAGCAUGAUAUUUGGUUACAACUUUGUGACAUACUUUCAUCACAUCCAAAAGAUAUUAAGGGUAUUAAAGUCGAUGCUAUCAUUAGAAGCGGUAUCAAUAAGUUCACUGAUCAAGUUGGUAAAUUAUGGUCAUCAUUAGCAGAGUAUUACAUUCAAUUGGCACAGUUUGAAAAGGCAAGAGAUGUUUUUGAGGAGGCAUUAAAUUCAGUUAGUACAGCCCGUGACUUUAGUUUUGUUUGGGAAUCAUAUACUCAGUUUGAAGAUUCAUUAUUAACAGCAAAGCAGGAAUUAUUAGAAGACGAUCCAAGUGAUGAUAAUAUUUUAGAAUUUGAUAUGAUGGUCGAGCGUUACGAAUCUUUAAUCAAUCGUCAACCUUUAUUACUCAAUAGUGUCUUAUUAAAACAAAACCCAAAUAAUGUUAUGGAGUGGCAAAAAAGAGUUAAGCUUUAUACAGAACCAGUAUUCAAUGCUAAAAUGAUUGUCGAAACUUAUAGUGAUGCUAUUAAAACAAUCGAUCCACAAAAUGUCAAAGGAAAAUUAUCAAAUAUCUAUUCAUCAUUUGCUCAUUUCUAUGAAUCAAAUAAUAAAAUAUCUCAAGCUCGUUUAAUUUUUGAAAGUUCAUUAAAGGUCAAUUUUAAAACUGUUGACGACUUAUCUUCUUUAUACUGUGACUAUGCAGAAAUGGAGUUAAGAUUAAAGAAUUUCGAAAAAGCACUCGAUAUUUUAAAAAGAGGAACAGUUUCACCAAAAAAACAGUAUACUAUUACAGAAAAUGAACCAGUUCAAAAAAAAUUAUAUAAAUCAAUUAAAUUAUGGAGUUUUUAUGUAGAUUUAGAGGAAUCAUUUGGAACUUUCCACAGCACAAAGUCAAUAUAUGAAAAGAUGAUUCAAUUAAAAGUUGUUUCACCACAAAUCAUUUUAAAUUUCACAAGGUAUUUGGAGGAUAACAAAUAUUUCGAAGAUAUGUUUAAAGCUUUCGAACAAGGUAUAUCACUAUUUCCAUUCCCACACGUUCAUGAUAUUUGGAUAUCAUACUUAACAAAAUUUAUUAAAAGAUAUGGUGGAAUGAAGUUAGAGCGUACAAGAGACCUUUUCGAACAGGUUUUAUCAAAAGUACCAGCCAAGGAGUCAAUUAUAUUUUAUUUAAUGUAUGCAAAUUUCGAAGAGCAAUAUGGUUUAGCUCGUCAUUCAAUGGCCGUUUAUGAUCGUGCAUCAAGAUCAGUUGCCCCAGAAGAUAAAUACAAAAUGUAUCUCUUAUAUAUUCAUCGUGCUUCAGAGUUCUUUGGUGUCAAUCAAACUAGAGAGGUAUUUACCAAAGCUAUUGAAAAUUUACCAGAUGAGUUUGCUCGUGACAUGUGUCUUAAAUUUGCCGAUAUGGAAAGAAAGUAUGGUGAAAUAGAUCGUGCUCGUUCAAUUUAUAUUCAUGGUUCAGAAUUUUCAGAUCCAAGAACCUCACUUACCUUUUGGACAACUUGGAGUGAGUUUGAAAAGGCUCACGGUAAUGAAGAAACAUUUAAAGAAAUGCUUAGAAUUCGUCGUUCAGUUCAAAAUAAAGCUCUUUUAAUUUCUCCAACACAAUUAUUAUUAAAUAAACUAAAUAAUAAAGAACAAAUAGGCGAUACUAAAUCUCAAGCAAAUAAACCAGUACAACACCCAAUAGCAGCAAAUCAAACACAAUCACAACCACAGCCACAGCCACAACCACAGCCACAACCAUCACAACCUAUUCAAUAUAAUAAAAUAAUUAAAAACGAUGAUGAAAUAAAUUUAGAUGAUGAAGAAGAAGAGGAGGAAGAGGAGACUAUUAAUAUCGAACAAAAAUCAAUUCCAAAAACUUUAUUUGAAAAUAAUAUAAAAUAAAAAAGAGUUAUUGAUUUAAUUAAU